UUGGUUAAGGCUACAGCAUCUGGACCGGACCGAGGCGGGCAGGAAGCAUUCUUGCAAGGUGGAGGAGAUGGGGGACAAAGAGAAAAAGAAGAAGGAUAACAACUCAUCCAAGAGCGACAGAGUCACUCUGAAAAAAGAAAUUGGACUUUUGAGCGCUUGCGCUAUUAUCAUCGGAAACAUCAUUGGCUCUGGAAUAUUCAUCUCACCUAAAGGAGUGUUGGAGCAUGCAGGCUCUGUGGGGCUUUCACUCAUCGUCUGGGUUUGUGGAGGGGGGAUCUGUGCCCUUGGGUCCAUGUGCUAUGCUGAACUGGGUGUCGCCAUUCCAAAGUCUGGAGGAGACUAUUCAUAUGUGACAGAAAUAUUUGGAGGGCUAGUGGGCUUCCUGUUGUUAUGGAGUGCCGUCCUCAUCAUGUAUCCGACCACGCUGGCUGUCAUCGCGCUAACCUUCUCCAAUUACGUCUUGCAGCCGGCCUUUCCGGACUGCCUGCCCCCAUACAUCGCCACCAGACUCCUCGCCACCAUCUGUAUCUUAUUCCUGACCUGGGUGAACUGUUCCAGUGUGCGCUGGGCGACGAGGAUCCAGGAUGUUUUCACUGUAGCAAAACUCCUCGCUUUGGUACUCAUCAUAGUGGUCGGACUCGUCCAAAUCUUUAGAGGUCACUAUGAUGCCCUGAGGCCCAGCGUGGCCUUUGAAUUCAGUCAGGAUCCCUCAGUGGGACAGAUAGCGUUGGCCUUCCUUCAGGCCUCCUUCGCCUACAGCGGCUGGAAUUUCCUCAACUAUGUCACAGAGGAGGUCGUGGAGCCACGCAAGAACCUGCCCCGUGCCAUCUACAUUUCUAUCCCACUGGUGACCCUCGUCUACACUAUGACCAACAUUGCCUACUUCUCAUCCAUGACCCCAGAGGAGCUGCUGGCCUCCAACGCUGUGGCAGUGACCUUCGGGGAAAAGCUGCUGGGGAUGUUUUCCUGGGUGAUGCCGAUCUCUGUUGCACUGUCCACCUUCGGAGGAAUCAACGGAUAUCUGUUCACCUCCUCCAGAUUGUGUUUCUCGGGAGCCAGAGAGGGUCACCUGCCCCAUCUGCUGGCUAUGAUCCACCUAAAGAACUGCACUCCGAUCCCCGCCCUGCUGGUCUGCUGCUUUGCCACCAUAGUCAUCCUGUGCAUUGGAGAGACACACAACCUGAUCAACUACGUGUCCUUUAUCAACUAUCUGUCCUAUGGAGUAACCAUCGCUGGCCUCCUCUACCUCCGCAAGAAGAGACCCAACCUGGUCAGACCCAUCAAGGUAAGCAUGUUGAUCCCCAUCACCUACCUGAUAUUCUGGGUUGUGCUGCUGUGCUUCAGUCUGUACUCUGAACCGGUGGUUUGUGGCCUGGGAAUGGUCAUCAUGCUGACUGGGGUCCCUGUAUACUUCGUGGGUGUUCAUUGGAAGAACAAACCUAAAUGGGUCUACAGGGUAGUUGAAAAAGUAACAUAUGUGGGCCAGAAGGUGUGUUAUGUGGUGUUUCCUCAGGAAGACUCUUCAGAGACUGAACCCCUCACUGCCUCCAAAGCCAUUGACUGAGCAGUGCAGUCAACCAGGAAUUUCCUUUUUGCAUCGACACUUGUACAUCCAGUUUUUCCAUCUUCUUUCACAUUGGUCAGUUUGUGGAUGGUGAAGAGAUGUUUUGGUGCAUGUUCUUGCACAGGUGCGGCCUGAAAGGAACCUCAAAGAAGCUCCAGUAUAGAAGAAGGGCAUGGUUACACUUAUGGCAUGAGCAUGUUAAGCCCUAAAGCUGUGGAAUAUGUUUGUAUUUGUUGCUUAGUGCUGGUUCUCCAUUCUCCUCACAAGUAUGCCAAGUUCCCUCUUUCAUACGGAUCUUUAUCUCACCUUCUUCUCACUCAGAGAACUUCUGCUUCCCUUCCAAGAUAUUCGUCUUUAGUAACUUUAACUAAAUCUUUGAGCUAAUGUGCCUUAUGAAAUGUACGUGUUGGUAUAGUGUGUUGGUUUGUGCGGGUAUUUUGAUUAUGUAAUAACGUUUUUGAGGUAAAUAUGCAAGCAGUUUCUGCACUUAGCAAUACUUCUCUAUUACUGCUGCUAUCUUCAGCUCUUUUUCACUAAUUAUUAUUAAGUAUUUUCCGUCUGUAUCUCUGCCUUGCUACAGUAUCUGCCCAUUCUUGUAACUUUACACUGCACUCUCUCUUUUUUUGAUUAUAUCACUACAUUCUCCUAAGAAAUAGUGUAGAUGCCUUCAUAUUACUAUUAGAGAGAUUAUCUACACUACACUCAUCGUUCCAAGCAAUUAUUACAGCUCAGGAGAGACGGCAGGAUGACGGGAAGUUUGCAGCUAUGAGCUGGACGAAUGGAUGCCUCUCAGAAAUAAAUCAGCUGCAUCAUUACAACACAUGUCGACAGGCUGUUCUGCUAUGGAAAUGUUCUCAUCUUUAGGAAUACCACUGUGAACUCUUUCCAGGCGCUUGACCUGCCAGGACAGUUAUUAGAUUUCAGAUGUCUCACCUGAUGUUACGAUACAGUGCUUACGCUUAACAUGCAUGGGCCUGCUCCCACUUCCCCAAAGACACUACAAGUCACUACAAUUGCCCCAGACUCACUGACCUUUAUAGGUCAACUGACUUACUUUGGUACUAUUGACAUAAUAUAGUUGACUUGACUUUAUGAUUUUUCAGUGGUCCUCACUGGAGUUGUGAUACCACUACCUUAAAGGAAUAUUUCACCCAAAAAAGGAUCAUUUGCAUAUCAAUUACUCACCCUGUGUUACCUUGAAUUCUUCAUCCAUGUCUCCACUGGUGAAUAAAAAAAGAAUUGAAUUCUUGAUGACUUGAUGUAAAUGAGGGGCCAAUUUAACAACUGCAAAAAUAUUUAAAAACUUUAACUCCCUAAAGCCUUACUAUUUAAAACACUUCUGCAUUAUCCGUAUCACGCUUACACGCUACUCGUUCAUUCAGGUACUGUUUAUGCAAAAGUGUUUCAAUACUAAGAUCUUAGAGAAAAUGCACGUGUUUGGGAAGUAAUGUGCAUACGACAGGAUAAAUGAGACAUGGUGCAUACUGCACAAGUUGUGUGAAAGUUUGUUAAUGGAUUUGAUAUAGUUUUUCUGUUGUUAAAGCUGCUCCUACUUUACUUUUUCUUCACAAAUGCAUAGUAACACAGGGUGAAUUAUUGACACAUAAAUGGUCAGUUUGGGGGUAUUCCUUUAGUUUACUGUGCUCUAAGUGAUCUUGGUGUUUGUAUUUUAGAAGCUGGUAAUGUUGUACAUACAACAGAACAUAGGAAGAUUUUAACAUGUUGUAAAUCAGCAUGUUGGAAUUUGAAUUGAACAUUCGGCCCUUUUCCAGGGAAAGUCCAGGAAUUUCCCCCCUGCAUCAAAUCCACUAAGAGACUAGCACUUCAUACAACAAUGUCUGUCUGCCAUGUGCAGGCGCUGUGUGCUCAGUUGAGAUCUGUAAAUACUGUGUAAAGAAGAAAAUAAACUGUUACAAAUGUGCCAGGGACUUCUACAAAGAUCACAUUCCUCAGACAUGUCGUGAUACAUUUACAUACUGUUUACAAUUGAAGGGUGCACCUCUGUGUUUUGUAAAAGAGUGUAAAGUUGUGCAAGAAUAACAAUGUAAUUACUUAUUAAAUAUAGCAACUUCUAA